AUGCCUCCACUCAACAAGCGCAAAAAACACGCACGGAACUUUAAACGAAAGGCUGACGGCACCUUCUACAAGCUCAAGCUAAACCAGAAUCUACCGUCGUGCCCACCGAGUUCUGAAGGUGCUCUGGCUAGUUCUGCGACUAACCAGAGAAAUACGGGUCUUUUCACCUCGACGCAAGCAAGACGCGGAAGGGGACAAGGAAUGAGUGAAAAGCGUGUAAUUGUGAAGAAUUCGUCGUUUUCAAAGAACAAGUCAAUGCGUGGUAGCGAAAUGUUCGCUUUGCAGAAGCCGGAGAUGACUUGUGGAAGCUGGAGCAGUGCCGGGCGGCAAACAUUACCAAUGCAAUCACUGCGAGGCUUCGGCGAUACCAAUGGUGCUGUGGAGGACAUCGCGGUGAAGAACCCGUUCUGCAUCAACACUCAUGAGUACACACAACUUGGAGGCGAGGGCGGUGGUCAGAUGCAGUUAACCGACAUGGCCCACGUGACGAUCGGCAUGGCCAGCGGAUCGCAAAAUGAACCAGUUGAUUGA